AUGUCUUCCACUUCCGUCCCUCCCAGAUCAGAAUCGCUGCCGAUCCUGAUUAUCGGAGCGGGAAUCAGUGGUCUUAUUCUCGCUCAAUAUCUACGUCGAUCCGGAAUCGCCUACCAGAUCUUUGACCGUGAUGCGUCGAUCACCGCUCGAGCUGGCGGCUGGGGUUUAACCCUGCAUUGGUCACUCUCGGCUCUCUAUGAGCUCCUGCCGGACGACGUCAAGGCUCUGCUUCCAGAAACCUUCGUCAACAAGGAAGCUGCUAAAAAUGGAGAUACGGGUCGUUACCAGUUCUUUAACCUAGCUACUGGAAUCCCCUUGUGCGACGUUCCUGCUGCGGAGCGUAUUCGAGUGAAUCGGGCACGGUUUAGACAGGCCCUCGGCAAGGGUAUCGAUAUCCAGUGGUCCAAAACCCUAGCCGAUGUCCAGUAUCAUGACGACUCCGUGACGGUGCGCUUUGAAGAUGAUACCUCGUACCGUGGCUGCAUCGUUGUCGGCUGCGAUGGAUCUCGCUCUCGUGUCCGCAAAUCUCUCUAUCCUUCUUCCUACCGAAACUCGAGACUGCCGAUUCAAUUACUAGGAGCUACAACUCGCUAUUCCGUAGAACAGGCUGCCGCUGUGCGAGAGCUGGAUCCCUAUUUCUUCCAGGGGACUCAUCCAGGGUCCAAUGUGUAUCUCUAUUUCAGCUUCCUUGACAGCCCCUUCAACUUUGAAGACAGCCCAGACGGAUACCACUGUCAAGUUGUUGUCUCCUGGGCUAACGACAAAGGCAUCGACAUCCCCGAAGGAAGCAAAGAGCGUAUCGCCUUGAUGAAAACCCUCACAGAAAACUGGGUUGAACCUUUCCGAUCUCUUGCGCACGAUCUACCGGACGACGCUGAGGUGGUUCCUAUCAAUACCGAAGACUGGAUGCAACCUCGGGGGACAAAUGGACAAGCGCGGGCGGUCUUGUUAGGGGAUUCAGCCCAUUCAAUGACAAUGUUCCGUGGAGAAGGGGCAAAUAAUGCCAUCGUAGAUGUCCUUGAUUUUACCAAGCGGGUCGAUUUACAUUCUAUCAGCACAAUGUCCUCAGCAUCUAUUCGUGAGAGUAUUAAAGCCUACGAAGAUGAUAUGAUGGCUCGGGCUGCAUCAUCCGUUAUCAACUCUCGAAAAGCCUGCCUUGACGCUCAUGACUUUUCACUCAUUACUGAGGAAAGUCCCCUUGUGUCUAAAAGAGUUCUCAAAUAA